AUGGUAAAGUUUCUAUUAUUUCCUGUAUUUGAUAGUCAGAAUCUAGUACCACAAGAGUACGAAGAUGAACCGAUCGAUGUCAUACCUGCACUCAACGACUUUUUAAUGUCGACCAAGGGAGGAGAAAUUAUACACUACACGAUAGGAGCUGCUAGCGGUGCGACUAUUAUCAACAAGUUCUCUACCAAGAAUAGUAGUAUUCUGGCACUACACUACAUCACAGCAUCGGAUAGCAUAUUGACAUUGGAAAAAGACACUGACAUUUCAAAGAUCAAUGUCGUUAGAAUCUAUCAAAACUGGAGACAGAAUCAAAACUACUCUGCUGUAACAUCGUUUGAUCAGAUGUUAUCUUCAUCACCGUCACAGAUGGGUACUACCCCCCAAGGUGGUGGUGGUGUUGGUGGUGGUGGAAGUAGUGCUGGUAGUGGACACGGUGCCAAUUCACCUCUGCAUCACCAACAACCUUCUACACUCCCACUUCACGUCUACAAGAUACCAGUACCAUCUUCAGUGACAACUAUCAAUGUGUGUCCUGUUACAAGUCGUGUCAUUGUAGCCACUGAAAAGUCGGUCAGUGUUUGGGGCAACACCAAUAUUACCACAUCCUCUUCGAACCUACUCAACUCGUUUGAACGUAUCUUGGAUAUCGAUGCAGACAAUGUACGUCACGUUGCCAUCUAUGAAGGCUAUCUUGCCUAUUCGACCAGUACCAAUGUCAAGAUUCUGUCACUCAACAUUCAAUUCAAUGAUAUUAAUGAUCAAUUCAAUACUGCUCAUAUAGUCAAUCAUUCAUAUUCUGCUGCUGUCAAUAAUGGACCAUCAGAGAUUAUGGAAGAUGAACAUUAUUUUGAAGUUUGUUUUGAUUCAAUGGGUAAUCCAACUGGAAAGAAUCAAUUGUCUUGUUUGCAGACAACAUUUAGUAAUUCAACUAGAAUGAAUGAAGAUCAAGAAUACGAGAUUAUAGGACCAAUCACUGAUAUCGAUCAUGGUAUCAAUGUUAAUAGUGAAAGUGGAUAUUCAUUGCUUUCUUCAACUUUGGUAUUGAAUAGAAAGUUUUCACAAGACGAUGAUUUGCAUUCACUAUUCUUUUUACCAGAUCUCCCAAAAUCAACUGAAAGUGGUAAUAACAAUGGCAACAAUACUCAAAAUCAAAGUAGUGCUACACCAACUCAUCAAAAGACAUUUGUACAAAUCAAUCAACACUAUAAUAAUAAUAUUAAAACUAUACAUAAUAAUGGAAAUGGAAAUGGAAACGGAAAUAAUCAUAAUAAUAAUGAAAAGAAUAAUAAUAAUAUAUCGAUGAGAUGUGUUGUCAGUACACAAAAACAAGGUUUCUUGUAUAAUAUUACCAAACCAUCAUUGUUGGCAUCCUAUCUCUAUGCAAAUGAAACAUUAUUGUGUGCAGCUAGUCAUUGCUUCCUCUAUACCAUGACUACAGAGGGUCUCCAAACAUGGACACUUAGAUCAUGUGAAGCUCCAGAGGAUGGAAAUGUCGAUCCCCCACCCAUUGGUCUUGGAUUAAAUACAUUUGGUUGUUUGUCUAAAAUGGCAGUCAUCGGUGACCAUCUCUUACUCUUGUCCAAAUUUACUCAUGAUAUUAAUGAAAAAACAAGUUUAUUAAAAUUACCAAGUAUUAUGAGAUCACCAUCAAGAAUGGCAUCACCAGCAAAAAAACCAGUUGAAACUGGAUGGAGUAUUUAUAUAUUACAUCAUACACCAUUACAAACAUUGUAUGGUGAUAUUUUAGAAUAUGCAAAUCAAAGUCAAGAUAAAGAUGAAGAAGUAUAUCACCAAUUAUUAUUAGAAGGUCAUUUCUUACUUCAAUCAAAAUUAGCAAAUCAACAUCAAUCAAAUACAAAUAUGAAUGAUGUAGCAUCAAUUAUAAAUCAUGGAGUAGAAAGAAAUAUUUAUAGAUCAUUAUUAAAACAAUCAUCAUCGUAUUUGGGUGAUUAUUUCUUAAAAACUCAACAAGAUUAUAUGAGAGCUGCAGUUUGGUAUAGCACAAGUAAUACAGAUAUAGAAUUGGUUUUUAAUUUAUUAUCACAAAAUCCAGAAUCUCAUAAAGCAUUAAGUUAUUAUCUUAAACAAGUUUUAUUUAAUCCUUCGUCAGUUGAAUUACUUGCAAACAAAGAAGAAUUAAAUAACAAAAUAUUAAAACAUUAUCAUAGUGAAAGUCCUCAUAAUCUUUCAGUAUUGAUAUUAGAGUCAUCGGUAUCAUCGUAUUCUCAAGUAUUGGCAAUCGAUUUACUCAAAGAUUUAUCAGAAAAAUGUGAUUUUGAUAUGGAACAACGUAAUAUGAAUUAUUUUGCACUUGGUUUAUUGUAUUUGGAUCAAAACAAUAUCGAUGAAUCAAUGAAUUCACUCAAUCAAAUUCCAUUAGAUUCAUUGAUUGCUCUCAACCUUAAAAAUCCCAAAUUGUUGGCACCUAUUGGUGAUGCUGACCCUUCCGCACUUGGAAAGAUUCUUAGACAAACCAUACCAUGGGGUCUUUUGGAAAUUGUUGUACAGUUGGUUAAAGGAAAAGAAAUUACUCCCGAUGAAGGUUUCACUAUCCUUUUACAUUCCACAGAAACCUUUGCAAAAGGUAUUUUAAAUAGUAAUAGUAAUUCUUAUCAUUUACCUGAUUUUGAUUUAGAUGCAUUAUUAUUAAAAAUAUAUUUAGAAUGGUUUUUAACAUGGUAUUGUAAAGAUAUUAAUAUUAAUAUGGGAAUGAAUUCAUCAACUGCGUCUUCUAUUAGUAGUAUAUUAGAGUUGGUACCAUCAUUUGUAAAAUAUUUAAUUCACUUGUACGUUCAGGACAUACAGAGAUUCAGAGGUGACGAUAAGCAAUUGUUCCAAUCGUUGGAUAUCGACGUCGGGAUGAUUGUCAAUCAGUCGACCAUCAAAUCGAAAAAUCAACCAAGCCAACUCAACAAAAAGAUUGUUACCGACGAUUAUUGUAACCACUGGAUUCUCUUCCACGUCCACACUUACACCAUGAUUCCUCCUUGGUUAUCAAAACUGCCACCAUUCUCGGCUGAUGCUUUUAGAAAUCCAUCAGAGCGUGGUGACCCUGCCAAUCAACUCACUUCACUCUACCAUAGAAAGAUCCACUCGGUCUUGUCAAGUGCCAGAGUUCGCGACUUUGAAUUUAUGGACAACAUUGAAGCCAUGUUUACAGCUGCCAACGAUACCAACAAUAUCAUAUUUAUCGAGUUAAAGUUGGCUUGUCUUCCUCUUCUCGACCGUAUGUCAGAGGCCAUUGAAUUGGUAGUUUCAAGACAUGUAGAGGUUGUUUUGGAAUAUGGUUUACAUUAUUGUAAACAAUCAGAUUGGGCAAUUGUUUUGGAAUUAAUUUUGAAAUUAUUAAGUACCAAUCAAAACAACAACAACAAUAUUAGUAGUAAUGGAGAUACUUUAUCCUCUUCAUCUUCUACAUCACAAUCAAACUCUUCAAUUGUAUUCCAAAAACAACCAAUCAAUUUACAAAAACAAUCAAAAGAUUCUAUUGUUGGAGAAUAUGAACGAGUUUUGGACUACUUGACUGGAUUUAUGGACACUGAAUCAUUCUUGCAAUUACUUCCAACAAAUGGAAAAAUCGAAUACUUUUUACCAUUUAUCGAGAAAUCAUUUUCAAAUCAUUAUUCUCGUCAAUUAAAAUCUAAACUUUGUGAUCAUUUAUCAAAUAAUAAUUUCUAA